CGAUUUUGUGUGUGCGACAAAAGCAACGUGCACACCACCACAACAGCAAUGCAAGAGCUGCUGUUGCAUUCACGUCACGUCACCACCACACCACACGACCAACUGCUGCACCACGUUGUUUCCUUGAUUUCGCUUCGCAGCGAUGCCGGUUGACUUCAGCUACUGCGGGCACAACGAGACGGUGCUGCCUGCCUGGCAAGAUGGCGGGUUCCGGCCGUGCUUCCUGGCCACAACAGAGUCCAUGACGCUGUUUCUGUUUGCCUUCUUCUUCUGUGGCGUGGUGGCGGCGUGGCCACUGCGCCGUGAGUUUGCACCGGCCAAGUCCGUGCGCUCCCCGCACAUGUACGUGCUGCUUGCCUGCUCCCUGCUCGCCGUUGGCGCAGCCAUGGCGCACUUGGCCAUCGUCACCGUCGGCCACCACGCCGCCGUGCAGUACGUGGUGGUCACCGACACGCUGACGGCGUUUGCGUGGUUCCUGGCCUUCCAGCCCAUCCGCCGCGCCUACAAGGGCAAGCAGCCGCUGCACCUCGUCAACGCCAUCUUCGCCACAGGCGCCCUCAUCUUCUGCGCCAUGGAGGCGGCCUCCAUCCGCUCCGACGCAUACUUCUUCAAGUCUCCGACCAGAAACAACGCCGCGCUGCUGGCCGCGUACUGCGUGCGCGCCGCGGCCGUCCUCGCAUAUGCCGUGCUGGCCUGGUACCUGUGGCUCAAGCACCACUGCACAUGCAUGCAGGGCCGCGCUGCCCGCGAGGGCUACACCGCCAUCAACGUCGACGCCGACGACAUGCCCACCGUCACCACAAGAGGAGCAGGAGCAGGAACAGCGGCGGCGGCGGGACACAAGGGCCAGGACGCGAGCGGCAAACCCACCGCACAUGGUGGUAGCGGUGCGUCUGCUGCCUCCACGACGACGUCGGCGCACCUGCAAGGCACCGUUGACGAGCGGGAGGGCACCACGUUCUCGGACUUUGGACUGCGCAUGCGCGUCAUCUGGCCGUUCCUGUGGCCAAAGGGGAAGCCGCUGCUGCAGCUGCGUGUGCUGGUGUGCCUCGUCCUGCUGGCCCUCGGUCGCGUCGUUAACCUCUACGUCCCCAUCUCCUACAAGCUCAUUGUGGACAAGCUCACGCCAACUUCAGCCAAGUCCAACAUCCACGCAUCAUCACCAUCACCAUCACCGUCGUCGUGGCUGGAUGGCGGCCUGUUUGCUGCGAGUGGCGUGUCAUUUCCCGUUGGAGAGAUCCUGAUCUACGUUGGCCUGCGCUUCCUCAGUGGCGGCGGCUCGGGCGGUAUGGGCGUCCUCAACAACCUCAGGUCGUUUCUGUGGAUCACGGUACAGCAGUACACGUCACGCAUCAGCCGUGUCGACACGUUUGAGCACCUCCACUCCCUCUCCCUCCGCUGGCACCUCAGCAGGAAGACCGGCGAAGUGCUUCAGAUGGUUGAUCGCGGCACGAGCUCCAUCAGCAGUCUUCUCUCCUACGUCCUCUUCAACAUCCUGCCCACCCUUGUCGACAUUGCCAUCGCCUGUGUCUACUUCACCUCCAGCUUUGGGCCCUACUUUGGGCUCACCGUGUUUGUCACCAUGAUGCUGUACAUCUACUUCACCAUCGUCGUGACGGAGUGGCGCACCAAGUUCAGGCGCGGCAUGAACACCCGCGACAACCAGCUCAGGCAGAUGGUACGCCUGUUGCGAGACACGCCCUGUUUGCUCACACACAGACGCUUAUCAUGGCACCAUCAAUUGCCACCACACCACACCCCCCCCCCCUUCUGCGACUGCUGUUAUGGUGUUGCCAGGGUGUGCGAGGGCAGGACAAGCAUUUCGAUUGCACACCGCCUCAGCACCAUCGUCGGUGUCGACCAAAUCCUCGUCCAAAUCCUUCCUUCCCUCACACCCAACAAACACCCACGCUCUCUGUCUCGAUCUUUUCGCGUGUGCGUGCUUCAGUCAUAUGUGGUACAGCUGUAUGCGCCGCUGAACUUCUUCGGCACGUACUACCGCAUGAUCCAAUCAAGCCUCAUCGACAUGGAGAACAUGUUUGAUCUGCUGCAAGUGACGCCGGAAGUCAAGGACGAUCCAAAUGCGGAAGAGCUUCAAGUCAGCACGGGCCGGCAUGGGUGCAGCAUUGAGUUCCGAAACGUUUCGUUCUCCUAUGAACCGCGAAAGUUGACGCUGAAGAACAUUUCGUUUAAAGUGGAGCCGGGCAAGUCGAUCGCCCUCGUGGGAAGCUCCGGCAGUGGCAAGUCCACAAUCAUGCGCCUUCUCUUCCGCUUCUACGACGUUCAACAAGGACAAAUUCUCGUUGACGGGAAGGAUGUGUCGAAGAUCACGCAGCGGUCGCUUCGCGCCAUCAUGGGUGUUGUGCCGCAGGACACCGUUCUGUUCAACGACACAAUCCGGUACAACAUCCGCUAUGCGCGGCCGGACUGCAGCGAGGAGGAGAUUAUCGAGGCCGCUAAGGCCGCAGAGAUCCACAACGCCAUCCUCUCCUUCCCAGAUGGGUACGACACGGUUGUUGGCGAGCGCGGACUAAAGCUCUCUGGCGGCGAGAAGCAGCGCGUCGCCAUUUCCCGCGCCGUCCUCAAGGCGCCGCAAGUGAUUCUGCUGGACGAGGCAACAUCGGCGCUUGACACAGAGACAGAACGCAGCAUCCAGCGCUCCCUCAACAGCUCUAGGAAUAGAGGCCAACCAAGACAGGAAUGA